UAAAAAGCAAAAGUAAUUACAAAACAACACUGAUUUCUUAUUAAAAAAAAAGAGAGAGAGAGAAGGCUACACAUACAAUGGUUGUAAUUGUUGACUGUAUUUGAUUGGUUUGCAUUUGGAGGUCCACUUUUCCCAUUUAGUUUCUUCCUAUUUUUUACUCUUAUUUUUUUCCUCCCUUUUGGUGUGGCAUGCAUAUAAUAGUAUUGUCAACCAUUGUAUGUGUAGCAUCACUAAAAAAAACACAAUAAUUUUUAGUUAUGAUGUUAUAAAUUAAAUUAAAAAUAUAUAUAUAAAAAAAAAAAAAAAAAAAAACCACCCCUAAAACCAGCAACCACCAUAACCCAACCGCACUCCCCUACCGACGAACACCACUGCAACCCUUCCACGAUCCCCCAGCCCCACCGAAACUACACUCAUGAAUCCCGGCCCUACCUAUUACCCAUUGAAAGUUUGAAACCACCGUCAACCCACCUGCGUAAAAUCUUUAAAUUACUAGCUGCAAUCCAAUCGAAAAAUGACGCACAUGCACUUUGAGAAUUCAAUUGAUGGCAAGAACACAAGAAUUCUUUAACCAAGAAGGGAAAUUGGAAGAAAAAGAUAUACCCUUUUCAUUUGCUUGGAUUUCUUACAAAGUGAGCAAAUAACCAUUUCAAAUCUCCCCAAAAUACCGCGGCCCGACCCACAUAAAAUUUGCUACAUUUUGGUUGAAUUUGCUGAGAAUUUCAUAUCUUAACAAUGGAGGCGACCUUUGGUAAAAUGGCUGGACCUUACAAUAGAAAUGAACUUGUAAGGAUUCAACAUGAUGAUACUGACAGUGGGGAAAUAUAGAAGGUGAUCUACAAGCAGGUGCAAUAGCAGGUUACUCACUGCUUUGGUUGCUAUUAUGGUCAACAAUAAUGGGACUUUUGAUUCAACUUCUAUCCGCAAGAGUUGGAGUUGCGACAGGCAAGCACUUAGCCGAGUUAUGUAGGGAGGAGUACCCUCCAUGGGCCAGGAUUUUACUAUGGGUUAUGGCAGAGGUAGCGGUUAUCGCUGCCGAUAUCCAGGAGGUUGUUGGUACAGCUAUAGCCAUUCAAAUAUUAACUAAUGGUGUUUUGCCUCUUUGGGCUAGUGUUGUCAUUACUGCAGCUGAUUGCUUCGUGUUUUUGUUUCUUGAGAGUUAUGGAGUAAGAAAAAUGGAAGCAGCAUUUGCAAUCAUGGUAAUGACAAUGGCUAUCUCGUUCGCGUAUAUGUUUGUUGAUGCUAAACCAAGUGGAAAGGAGCUUCUAGUAGGUGUGUUGGUACCAAAACUUAACUCCAAGACAAUUCAACAAGCAGUAGGUAUAUUUGGAUGCAUCAUCACCCCGCACAACAUAUAUUUACAUUCCGCUCUCGUUCAAUCGAGGAAGGUAGAUGUAAAAAAAUUUGGCCAAGUUCAAGAGGCAAUCAAUUACUAUUCCAUUGAAUCAUCAAUGGCACUUCUCAUCUCCUUCAUGAUAAACCUUUUUGUUAUGACUGUUUUUGCCAAGGGAUUUUAUGGAACAAAGAAUGCUUCUAGUGUAGGCCUUGAAAAUGCAGGGCGAUACCUUGAGGAGAAGUAUGGAGGUGGUCUUCUUCCUAUUCUUUAUAUCUGGGGUAUCGGGUUGUUAGCAGCCGGACAAAGUAGCACCAUAACUGGAACAUAUGCUGGACAAUUUAUUAUGGGAGGUUUUCUUAAUAUUCAGCUAAAUGAAUGGCUUAGAGCAGUCAUAACAAGAAGUUUUGCUAUAGUGCCUACGAUGAUUUUAGCUAUUAUAUUUGAUAGAUCGGAUGGGGCAAUGGAUAUUAUGAAUGAAUGGCUUAAUGUGCUCCAAUCAAUUCAAAUUCCUUUCUCUCUAAUACCCCUUUUUACUAUGGUGUCAAAGGAGGAGGUGAUGGGAGUUUUUAAGAUAGGACCUACACUUGAGAAGGUGACAUGGACAGUAUUGGCAGUGGUAAUGAUGAUUAACAUCUAUGUUUUAUUGGACUUUUUCAUCAACAAUAUCAACGGGCUAUUACUUGGGGUUCUAUUCUGCAUUUUAUCAGCGGCAUAUAUGGGAUUUAUCAUAUAUCUUAUUUCUCGAGAUGGUUUCUUUCCAAUAACUUUGCAUAGGAGGUUAUUUGAAAGAUUUUCUUACACUUCUAAAAUUGAAAGCGCGAGAACACCUCAAUUUCAAGAAUUAUGAAAUUUAAUCUGACUUGGAGUACCCAACUAAAGAGAAUUUAGGGAUUCACUAUCAUAUCAUCACAAACAAUUCUAUUGUUUUUGUUGAGAUAAAUAAGUUGGCAUUUUGACUUCACAAAAAGAGGUGAAUAGUUAUUGAAGGUCGAAUUGUGUAGAAAAUUCUUGCUCACUGUUGCUUAAAUGGCUGACACAAAAAGAAAAGACAAAACCUAAAAACAGUAACGAAGAAGAUGACGGGUUCUAGCCGAAGUGUUUCAUCCGAUUUGAAUCUUAUAUUAGAGAAGUAUAUUGAACUAUAUUUUUAAAAAAAAAAUUAAUUUUGUAUCGAGUUGAAUUGUGCUGUGUAUUAGGUCAUUAGUAAUUUUUUUUAAUUUUAAUUUUCUCCAUAUGAAGUACAUACAAACCUAUGCAUUACAAAUCAUUCAAAUUUUUUUAGCCAUGUUUUUCAUUACCUUACAGCAACGAACCAAUUUGUAGGACUUAUA